AUGGAAGCGAAACUAGCUACCAUAGGUGACAUCGCGGAACGGCGCUUUGACUUCGUCGUCGUUGGCGGCGGUACUGCCGGACUUACUGUCGCAUCCCGACUGUCAGAGAAUCCGGAUGUGACUGUCGCCGUGUUAGAGGCAGGAAAGGCUAGCUUCGAUGACCCCAACGUUUUGAAACCCGACGGCUUCAUGCAGCAGUUGAUGCGACCCGCCUAUGAUUGGGCGUUCUUGACGGCGCCGCAGAAGCAUUUGGGAGACAAGGUCAUGCCGUGGUUCAGAGGAAAGGGCUUAGGAGGCAGUUCUAGGCUGAACUUUCUCAUGUGGAUGACUCCGCAACGCGAGGAUAUCGACGCUUUCGAGAGGUUGGGUAAUACUGGCUGGAAUUGGGAAACAACGAGACGCUAUCUCGAGGGAAUUCAGAGGCCAGUCACGGAUGCCACAGGACUUGGCGGGGAGGCUACUGGCCCAAUACCCCUCGGAUAUGCAAGCACUCCGUCUGGGGCAGAGUUGCCUUUCCAGAAGAGCAUGAAUAAUAAUGGCAUAGCAACCCCUCUUGUGGAAGAUAUGGCUACAGGGCAGUUUGAACACAAUGGCAGUCAGUACAAUGUCUAUGUGAACAAGGAUGUUAUACUGUCUGCAGGUGCUGUCAAGUCACCCCAGAUACUGGAGCUCAGUGGUAUUGGCAGCUACAAUAUCCUGAGUUCUCAAGGGAUACCUGUGAAAGUUGACCUUCCAGGAGUUGGUGAAAACCUCAGAGACAAGGUUACAAUCUCCAUUACACUAGAAAUGAAGGAAGGACAUGACAUUUUCAGUUUUAACUUGAUGGCCAAUCCUGAGUUUCAUCCAAGAUUGAAUGAGAUUUUCCCAGAUACAGCUGGAGAUUUCUCCAGUGUCAUUUCUGGGAUGACCUUUGUCCCUAUACAGGCACUGCCAGACAACAUUCAAUCCACAGUUCUCAGCUCAGCAGAGGCUUUCACCAAGAAUGCCAAACAGCAAGGGUUGUACACCAAGGUGCAUGAGCUGCUUGGGGACCAUCUCAAGAGUGCCAAAAUCCCAGACUUUGAGGUGGUUGUGACACCUUUUGUACCCUCAGGCCCUGAUCCCAAGAAGCCCUACAUUUCUCUUGUAGUGUGCCUUAGUCAUCCAUUCUCUAGUGGGAAUAUUCAUAUACAGUCUCAAGACCCCAAGAUGAUCCCACUCAUUGACCCUCAUGUCUUUGAGAACUCACUAGACCUGGACAUCUUGGUGGAAGCCUUCAAAUUCACCAGACAGGUUGUCCAGACAGCCCCAUUCUGUGAUGUGGUCUCCAAAGAGAUAAACCCAGGGCUUGAUGCCAGCACUGAUGAUCAGAUCAAGGCUGCUAUCCAGAAGAAUCUUGCUACAAUCUGGCACAGCUCUGGUACUCUGUCAAUGCUGCCCAAACAGGAUGGUGGUGUGGUAGAUAGCAAGCUCAAGGUCUAUGGCACAACAAACAUACGUGUUGUUGAUAUGUCCAUUGUCCCUGCACCUAUCAGCAGCCAUACUCAGGCUAUUGUCUAUGCUAUGGCUGAACAAGCUGUGGACAUCAUCAGGAAAGAGUUUGGGUUGUAG